AUCCAAGCUAUAGGAGUGAUUGAACAACUUGCUUCAUGACGACAAUAAUGACGGCAGUAAGAAAGGGGACAUCCAAGGAAUUCAUAAGAAAGCACUCAUCAGACAUGUUUACCUUUUCACGCCCUCAAAUAACUAUCAUCUAGCCCAACAUGACUCGCUCACUGUGUGUCACCUCUGCAGACGGUCAAACAGGCCGUCUCGUUGUAGAGUUGUUGCUUACCGAUGAAACGUUCUCAAACAAGCUUGACAAGGUCUGUUGUCUUACUCUGCACCCUAGCAAGUGCGAGGACCUCAAGGAGCUUGGGGCUGAAAUCAUUCCCCACAAUCCUGGUGAUCAUGAAGGUCUUGUCACUGCCCUCAAAAAUACCGGAGCAGAUACAAUCUUCCUCAUUCCACCUGCUCACAAGCAUAAAGUGAAGCUCGCUGAAGAGAUGCUCCAUGCCACGCAUCAGGCUCAAAUCAAAAACACCAUUUUAUUGAGUGCUGCAGCAUGCGAAUUUGCGGACGCUAAAAAACAACCGCAUCUACAUGAUUUCAUCAAAAUAGAGGGCAACACACUAGCAAUGAGAUACUUGCCUGAUACAGAGGCUGGAUUAUCACAAUGUGUUAUUCGUGCGGGAUUUUACACUGAGAAUCUUCUCUUAUACAACAAAGAUGCCCAAAAGAAUGGAAAGCUUCGAUUGCCUAUUGGUGAAACCCAUUCGUUCGCUCCUGUCGCAUUAGGAGAUAUUGCCCAAGUCGCAGCCCAUAUUGUCACUAGCGAAGGACCCCAAGGUCUUGAUGACAGAUAUCGGGGUCAACUAGUGGUUGUGACUGGUCCAAUGAUGGUUAAUGGCCCGGAAUUGGCGGAAUCUGCUACUGAAGCGGGACUGAACCUCCAGUUUGCAGACAUUUCUGAACAUGAAGCGAAGCAGCUGUUGGACGCUGAUACUGAUGUGGACGACUCCGAAAAGCAAUACUUGCUUGAAUAUUAUUCCUUGGUACGCGAAGGCAAGACAAACUAUGUCAGUACUCUCGCGUUCAAUGCCAUUACUGGUGGGCCGCCGAUUUUGCCCAUUGAGUUUUUCAAAACGUACGAUGCAGAAUUCAAGUCCAAGAAGCGAAAAAUGCGGAAAUAAAGAAGAGUAGUGUCAAAAAGCAUGAUGGGAGAAUCUCACACCACAAAUUUCGCAUUUCUGAUUAGCCUAUAAUUAUUUGUUGAUAACUUUCGUGUUUGAUAUGUCAAAUUGAGAUGAUAAUCGUCGUCGUAGUGGUUUCAA